AUGAAACAAAAACGUAUUUCCCAGAUAGUCUGGAAAAUCAAUCCACAGGUUAUGUUCAUACAGGAAACUAAGAUUGGAAAGAUGUCGAAGCAGGUGGUAUGGAGGUUGUGGGGAUCUAAAGAUUGUGAAUGGUCUGCUAAGGAAGCAACAGGGAGAUCAGGGGGAAUCGUUACAAUUUGGAGGAAAGGAGCCUUAUGCCCAAAAUAUACUUGUGGUGGAAAAGGAUUCCUUGGAUUAAAGGUAAUCAUCAAUGAUGAGGUAAUUUAUUUCAUCAAUGUAUACUCGCCAUGUAGUUUAUCUGAAAAAAGAGACAUGUGGUUGGAAAUUAUUCAGUGGAGAAACAAACUGGAUCAGGGAGAAUGGGUGGUUGGGGGAGAUUUCAACUCUGUUAAAAAUAGGGAGGAAAGGAGGGGUAAGGAGAACCACAGUAGAGGGGUGGAGAUGGAAGAAUUUAAAUUUUUUAUUGAGGAGAUGAACCUGGUUGAUCUGCAAGUAAUGGGUAGUCUGUUCACUUGGAUCAAGCCAAAUGGCAAGGCUGGGAGUCGGCUUGAUCGAAUUCUGUUGUCUGAGGCGUUGAUCUCAAAGUGGGAAAUAGUGGCUCAAGAAGUAGGGAAGAGGGAUGUUUCAGAUCAUAAACCGGUAUGGACAAAAUCAAGCAAAUUAGAUUGGGGGCCAAAGAGUUUUAAAGUCUUGAAGUGCUGGUACGAACAUAAGAAAUUCCAAAGUUUUAUACAAAAUGAGUGGAAUGUUGUUGUAUUCAAAGGAAGUCCAGCCUUCAUCAUAAAAGAGAAGCUGAGAUUUUUACGAGGUAGACUAAGAUGGUGGAACCGUAACGUAUUUGGCAUGGUGGACCUAAAGAUAGAAGAUAUUGUGAAUGAUCUGAACCGGUUGGAAGAUAAGUUGCUUAUCCCAAAUGUAAAGUUAGCAGAGGCAGAUUUUGUAAACAGAAGGUUAUAUCAGGAUAAUUUUUGGCAGAAACUUCAUAUCAAAGAAAGCAUCAUCAAACAAAAAUUAAGUCACUAG